UCAGGCUCUCUCCUCUCUUCCAAUUCCGAGAAUCCCCCCAUCCAAGUCGUUUGUAAACUCAGCUUCAGUGCUAAGGGCAUGGACCGCCUCCUGCGUGAGUCCGUGAUUUACGAUCAUCUCAAGAAUCUCCAGGGCAAGGUCGUCCCGCGCUGUUUCGGCUACUUCGAGGACACCGCGGUCGCUGGAUGUCUUGUCCUCGAACACGCGGGAGAGGCACUUACGACCUCCUUUGAGUACCUCGAUGGAGAGCUCAAGUCAAAGAUUAUGGACGCGUUUGAUCAAAUCCAUCAAGCCGGUGUCGAGCAUGAUGAUGUUGCUGAGCGCAAUGUCCUCGUCAACGAACAGGGGAGGGUUUUUGUCAUCGCUUUUGAGCGCUCUUUCCCGGCAAGAUGCUGGCGGCGUCGUCCAAUACCCGGACUUGGCGAUCUUGGACCAGACAAAUCCAGGUUUUUGUGUGAUGAGCUCUGGCAUUUGGGGUACUCACUGAGGAUGUGGAAGCCACCAACCAUGCAGGUCUUUGGACACCUGACUCCCAUCCAGGCCUUCAAUGACCACGAUAAACUCAUCGCUAAUCGACCAUCGGACUAUUCGAAAGGGCGAGCGGAGGUAGAAGCACAUUACCUUUGGAAUGAGUAUGUAAAGCGAUGGUUCCCGGAUGAGUAUGCCAAAAUACCUAAGGAUGGGGAAAUGCAUUGGCCGAUUGUGAAGUUCAACCGCGAAGCUGAAGAGGACGAUGAUGACGAAGAAGACGACGACGACGAAGACCUCGAAGUUAUCACGAGCGGCGAACAGCGUUCUGAUCCGCUGCUAGACAGUGGUUCAGAUCACUCGAGUAACGGCUCUCAGGGAUGACCACAUCAUAUCCUUUCCAUACGGCGCUUGAUAUUUCGUUUGCACUCCACACUUCUCCAGCUCAUAUGUGCAUCUCGCCAUCCGCUUUGUGUAUUCACUAGAUAAAUAUAUAUGUAAUGC